UUUCAUCGACGACGUUUGCAGCAUACCUUAUGCCUAUUAUCCGAGCAAAGCAGAUUUUGCCACUCAUUGCGUAUGGGCUAUGAAUUUGGUUCGUGAGAACGCGACUGCUCUCGCUUGGGGUCAUCAAUGGGGUUGCACUGAUAAGCGGCUUGAAAUUGCAGUCACACCCUACUAUAAUCUGGACAAGGAGGUGGAGAUAGUAUGCUUGGUAAAUUAUUAUGGAGGCUACAGCUGGAGGUUAGUGAACGAGGAAGAAUGCAGUGAACCCAGCCUGGCGGUUAUCACUGAAGACAAGCUGACCGUGAUUAACCAGUCUCCAAUAAAAUGUCAACUGCUGAUUCUCACCUUGUUUGGUGUUCUAAGCGAUCAAGCUGAUCAUUUACUGAAUGGAGAAGAUCCGGUAACUUACGCCUUGGACAGCUUAAGUUCAAACUGUUCGGCUCUGCCAUUUGUUGCCUUUGAGGCAGCUCAUCUAGAACUCACCCAUUUGUUCGAACACAUGCUGGAACGUCUCGUGUUUUCUGAGAACUCUAAAGGCCAGGAUGAUGAGUGA